UUGGGCACAAUCAGAAGCCUAUAAUUGAUGUAGCAUAUUGAAAAAAAUGAUUGCCCAUUUCUUUCUCUUUUUUGAGCUUGACUUUUCCCUUGACAGUUUUACAUUAAAUGUCUCAUCUUUGAGUCUGUAUUUACCUUGCUGAAAGAGAUCAUUAUGCUAAGAAAAUAUUCUAUUCUGCUGAUAUUAUUUAAGUAACUAUUAAUACAAUUUUAUAAAUAGAUAUAAUUAACUCAACACUGGCAACUUUCUUUGAAAUUUUCUCUUUUCCUUCCUGAGCUUAUUGUAAUCUCUGACUGUAACUUGUAAACAUCUGUCUAGAAUUGAUGAAACGUCCCCCAUUUGGGUCCCCAUCAGCUCAGCAACAGAGACUAUCAUGUUUAAGAGCUGAGCAUCACUGCAGUAAGGUAAAAAUGAACAAACUAAAGUGUUCUAGUGGGAGAAGCUCACAGGCUGAUAAUCCCUCUAAAGAUUCCCUUUACACAAAGCUGAGACUUUAGGAGGGAAGUGUAAAAGGAAAAUGAUUACUAGAAUAACAUACAUGUGAUUAAAACACUCAAUGUACCGAAAGUAAGGAUUUUUCUUAGAAGAUGAGUUUGAAAUAAAAUGUGCCAGAGGCUCCUCCAGUGUCCUCAAGCCUGCCUGCUCCCUCUCUGCCUCCAUAAGGGUAGAAUUUGCCCCAACAUAUUAUCCCACCCUUUGUACCUCUGCAGACAUCCUUUCAUCCAGAGAAGUCUUUUGUGUCAUCUGGAAAUGGAUAUUCAAAAGGUGCACUUCGUUGGUGAUUAUGUGCUCUGGAGUACCAUCGGCAAGGGAGCCUGGGCCACAGUGAGCUUGGCCCGGCACGUGCCAACUGCCACCGAGGUGGUUAUAAAAGCUAUUAGUCGGAAGGGCUGUCCUGGGUUCCCUCAGGAAGCCCAUUGUCUUCAGAGCUUAAACCACCCAAACAUCAUGACAUUAUUUGAGGUGACUGCCACCCAGGACAAGUUUUACCUGGUGAUGGAGCACGUGAGGGGAGGGGACCUACUAGAGCACCUGGAGACCUACGGCCACCUGACAGAGCAAGAAGCGCGCACCGCGUUCUGGCAGCUGGUGUCCGCGCUCCAGUGCUGCCACCACAGGGGCAUCGCCCACCGGGACCUGAAGCCCGCCAACAUCCUGUUAGACGCCAACAUGACCAUCAAAUUGGCAGACUUUGGUUUCGGCAAGGAAGCGAAGGGCCAAAAACUGAGCACCUUCUGCGGCACCAUCUACUACAUGGCCCCCAAGAUCUUGAAGAACCAAGACUACGACAGCUGCAAAGUGGAAGUCUGGAGCUUGGGGGCCACCUUGUACAAGAUGGUGAUGGGAAAGGUGCCAUUCCGGGGGGCCAACUUUGUACGACAGAGGGAGAAGAUCCUGGAGGGGAAGUUCGAGGUGCCGCACUUCCUGAGCAGGCAAGGUAAAAGUUUCUUAAACAGGUUACUGACUGUGGACCCCAACCAGAGGCCUACCAUGGAAGAGGUCAUGGAGGACCCCUGGCUCAACAUGGGCCAGGAGGAGGAGCCACUGGGGCCCUACAGCGAGCCGCCCCGGGGGGACUUGGACCCCCCACGUCACAGCAAUGAUGCUGGACCUGGGCUUCAAGCAGGACAAGAUCCAGCAGUCAGUGACCCAGAGGACAUUCGACAGAGUGUUCGGGACAUACCACAUCCUAAGAAUGACGCAGACCAAGAUGACCGGCCGCACCAUCCAGGUAAGGCCCUACCCCUCCCUUGAGGCCAGGAGCAUUUUCUCCAGCCAGGA